AUGCGUUUCUCCCGCUCCGUGGCCGCCAGCGCCGUCGUGGCCGUCGCGUCCGCUGACAACUACUUUGGUUUCAACUCGGGUGCCCUCAAGGACGAUGACUCUGCCAAGUUCAAGGCCGACUUCGUCCAGGAGAUGACCACGGCCCAGAACCUUGUUGGCGCCCCCGUCACCUUCAACGCUGUGCGUCUGUACACAAACAUCCAGGCCUACUCCACCACCGACCCCAUUGAGGCUUUCGAGGCCGCCGUCGAGACCGGCACCUACCUUUUGCUCGGUAUUUGGACCUCGGGCACUACCUCCAUCGAGAAUGAGAUGACCGCCCUCAAGGCUGGUCUCGACCAGUACGGCUCUGAGCUGGCUGACCUCAUCAUUGGUAUGUCCAUUGGUAGCGAGGAUCUCUACCGUAACUCGGCCACUGGUGUUGCCAACUCGGCUGGUGUUGGUGCCGAUCCCGAUGUCAUCGUCGGCUUCAUCAACGACUUCAAGUCGGCCUUUGCCGACACCUUGAUCGCCAACGUCCCCAUCGGACACGUCGACACUUGGGACGUCUGGCCCAAUGCUACUAACAAGCCCGUCCUCGAUGCCGUCGAUUGGAUUGGUGUUGACGAGUACCCCUACUACGAGUCCGGCAAGGGCAACGACAUCUCCAACGCUGGCACUCUCUUUGACACUGCCUACGAUGCGACUCUUGCUGCUGUUGGUGACAAGCCCGUCUGGGUUACCGAGACUGGCUGGCCCUACACCGGUGAGACCUGGGACGAGGCUGUCGCUAGCGUUGAGAAUGCCAAGUACUACUGGGACGAGGUUGGUUGCCGCCGUCUCUUCAACCAGGUCAACACUUUCUGGUACAACCUCCGUGAUUCCAACUCGGCCAACGAGAUGAAGUUCGCUAUUACCGACAACCUCUCGACCGAGGCCCGAUUCAAUCUGUCCUGCCCUGCUACUUUCGAUACCCCCUCUUCCACCUCGACUGGCUCUGCUACCGGCACCGCCACUGGUAUCCUGACUGCUUCCGCAACUGGCACGGGUGCUUCUUCCACCGGCACUUCCUCCUCUGGCUCUUCCAGCAGCGGCAGCAGCAGCGGAUCUUCUUCCAGCGCUUCGUCCACGAGCGCUGUCGGCACCUCUGAUGCCAUCUCCCGCGGCUCAGUCUCGGCUGUCUCUGCCGUCAUUGCCUUGAUGGGUGCUGUUUUCCUGCUGUAA